CGGCCAGGAAGUGCUGUGCCCCGACCCGGAAGUGUUGUGCCCCGGCCCGGAAGCGCGCGGGGCCGGCGGGCAGAUGGCGGAGUGCGGGCAGCAGCCCGGGGGGGGCGGCGCGGGGGCGCCCAGCCGCCACGAGAAGAGCCUGGGGCUGCUCACCACCAAGUUCGUGUCGCUGCUGCAGGAGGCCAAGGACGGCGUGCUCGACCUCAAGCUGGCUGCAGAUACCUUGGCUGUGCGACAGAAGCGGCGGAUCUACGAUAUCACAAAUGUUCUGGAAGGCAUUGGGUUGAUUGAGAAGAAAUCCAAGAACAGUAUCCAGUGGAAAGGCGUGGGUCCUGGCUGCAAUACACGCGAAAUAGCUCACAAACUUAUUGAGCUGAAGGCAGACAUAGAGGAUCUAGAGCAGCGUGAACAGGAACUGGAGCAGCAGAAGAUGUGGGUUCAGCAGAGCAUCAAAAAUGUUACAGAAGAUGUGCAGAACAGUCGAUUAGCAUAUGUGACACAUGAAGAUAUCUGCAGGUGCUUCAGAGGAGACACCCUCCUUGCGAUUCGAGCCCCAUCAGGCACGCGUUUGGAGGUUCCAGUUCCUGAGGGCCUAAAUGGGCAGAAAAAAUACCAGAUCCAGCUGAAGAGCACAAGUGGUCCCAUCGAUGUUCUCUUAGUAAACAAAGAUGCUUGGAGCUCUCCUCCUGUUGUACUACCUGUCCCUCCCCCUGAUGACCUCAUUCAGUGCCAGGCAGUUACACCCUCAAAACCACAGAUACCACCGCUCGCCCACUUCCAGGAGGCUUCUGUUCCCAGCAGCACCCAGCCCUCUACACCGACACCGACCAGCACUCAGGACCAGAGCCCUCCCGCAGUGAAAGUCGAAAGCACAGAAUGCAGUAUCUCAGAGGCAGAGUCCAAGAGCAGCGGUGACUUUGACUCCCUCAGCAGUGCGUCUGCGUCGGCCGGCCGGCCAGCCAGCUUGGAUACCCAACCGCUCCAGUCCUCUGCCUCACUGGACAGCAGCUCUGUCCUACCCAGCCCCUCUACCUCCUUUGAGCCCAUCAAGCCUGACCCCACAGGAAUACUGGAACUUCCCAAAGAGCUGUCAGAGAUGUUUGAUCCAACGAGAGAAUCUAUGAACUCUGAGCUGAUGGAAGAGCUGAUGUCCUCUGAAGUGUUUGCUCCCUUGCUCCGCCUCUCCCCUCCACCUGGAGAUCAUGAUUACAUCUAUAACCUGGACGAGAGUGAAGGCAUCUGUGACCUCUUUGAUGUGCCUGUCCUCAACCUCUGACUUCUCAGUGUGGCUGUGAGCCUCACAAACAGACCGUUUUGUAACUGUUUGGAAAGUGUCUAUUUUUGGAUUCCUGUUGUGCUAGAGCUCAGUGUGUGAGCCAUUCAGAGAUGGUCUCAUGUGGACUCAGAACCAAGAGAUGUGGACUUGCAGGCUGGGAGCCUCCCCAUAGCUUCUUCCUCUUCCUCAGUUGUAUGUGCAACGUGCGUGUGCAACUCGCCCUGCCGCAUCUCUCUCUUCACUGGAUCCUGGGCCUCGCUUCAAAGGGUCUGUGUUUUGAGUGUUCCCAGUUCACUUGUACAGUUUGCCCACGUGCCUCUCCGUGUUUCCUCAAAUCUGCAUGCCUUGUUUUCUCCUGCACUCCUAGAGGCACUUUGCACCUCCUAGGUACCAGCUGCUACAAAGAGCCCUAAUAUCGUGGUCAGUUCACAAGCCCGGAGGUAGUUAGCUAGAUUUCUCAAUGUGAGCGGUUCAUAUUGGGGUGGUUGGAGUUCUGAAUGACAAUGAGGAAAAAAAAAAAUGGCACUGAAACGUCCAUUUCUUCCAGUGACUGCAGACCAAGUAGUAUGUUUUACAAGAAAAAGCACUUUUUUUAGCCAGCUGUGCCUCCUAGUGGGACUCAGGAGUUGAACAUUCCUAGUAGGGCCCAGGAGCUGAGUCUUCCCGUGCUUGUGCAUCAGCAGGAAUGCCGAUUCUGUGUUCACGGGUCUGCUGAUGUGCGAGCCCAGAGGCUCAGCUCCUGGUACAGCAGCUGUGCUGUUUCUACAGGGCUAAAGAAGAGGUGCCAGUAUGUUUUUUUUUUUUAAUUUUUAUUUGGUUUUUUUUGCCUGAGGGAAGAGAUGUUUGAAAGGGUAAGACUGCUCCAGCUGGUGCCUGUAAGAUACUCCAGGUACAUCAGACCCUGCUUAUACUUACAAGUAGCUGUCUUCUCCAACCAUUGCACUUGAGCCUUCAACUGUCUAAAAGACGACCAGGCAGUAACAAUUCAGUAGUGCUUUGCCCUCUGCGUUUUUCUCUUUCAGCUCGUGCUCAGGAUCACACUUUCUGUAUAUUUGAAUUUGUUCCUCCAGUGUCUGUACCCACGCUCCCAACUCCUGAUCCUGUGGCGCAUCAGUUACCUUGUGCAAUGCUUUCUCUGCAUAAUUUUUCUGCAAGAUUUUCUUCCUUGCUUUGUAAUGGAAGGUCUGCUGUUGAGUUCAUUGUGAUGAUCAGAUGGUAGCAGUCUUGGACCCUGUGCAUUUUAGUUGGAGUAAAGCGCCCUGAUGGAUUUGUGUUUUAUAUUGCAAGCCCCAGCUUUGGUUUUUGGUCAGAUCCUGUAUUUGUGUGUCUUCAGUUUUGCACAUCUUCCUGCUGACGCCGUGGUAGCAGCUGUCCUGCCUUUCCUGCUCCACCAGUUGCCGAAGAGAGGGCCAGGCCAGGAGAGUGGUGGCAGUUGCAGGCAGGUAGCUUGCAGCCAUCCAUGUAACCAGCUGAUGUUUAACUUUUCCGCUUAGCUGCCCGCUGCCUGUGAACCACACAACCAGCUGGAGCGCCAGCAAUAAGGGACAGGAAGUCUUCAAUUCUUGGAGCCUGCAGGGAUGAGCAAGUAUAAGCUUGGGUGUCCCCGAGGUGGCUCCUUGGGCCAUCUUGUUCUGUGCAGAACUCCUCCAGAACAGCUGUUCCUUUGCAACUCCUGGUGGCCCCAGAGCACUGGAAUCUCCUUUGGGAAAGAACUUGAGCAACGGGAGGUGCUCUAGUUUAGCAGCAGGCAGCUGCUGCCAUGGAGACAGCCGCGGCGUUGGACCCUGGGAGGGGGCUAAACUUAAGCCUGCGUGCAGCCUGUCCCUGAGCCUGCCCUCCUUCGCAUGGAAGCCGAUGGAAACGCUCUGUGUGCGUGUCAGCGAGGCUCCGUGGCUUUGGUGUAGCUCAAGCCCUCUGUGUACUGCCUGGCCCUCACUCUCCUUCCAAGUGUCUGUGCUCAACACCGGUUAGAUGACCUUCAGAAAAGGAUACCUAAAGAAGAAUUUACAGUUGCAAAUGAACUUUUGAU